CCACGUCAACUCCCUUCAAAUCAAGAUGGCGGCCCACAGUGCAGUGCUCUCGGUUUCCAAAAUUAUAAACCCUGUCUGGGGUAGAUGCCUUGGAAAUACGACUAAAGUAUUUGGAACAACUUUGACUAGUCACAGGAAUAAGACCUUUCUCUCUAGAGAAAACAUUCCCCCUCCUGCAAAGUAUGGAGGCAGACACACCGUGACCCUCAUACCUGGAGAUGGAAUCGGCCCAGAGCUUCUCAGUCAUGUCAGAGAGGUUUUCAGGUUCAGCUGUGUCCCUGUGGACUUUGAGGUGGUGAACGUAAACUCUGCUUUGGAGACAGAGGAUGAUAUUAAUAAUGCCAUUACUGCCAUCCGCCGUAAUGGAGUGGCCCUUAAAGGUAACAUAGAAACCAAACAUACCAUGCCGCCAUCUGUGAAAUCCAGAAAUAAUCUCCUACGCACAAGCUUAGAUCUGUACGCCAAUGUGAUGCACUGCCAGUCCCUCCCCGGAGUCCAGACUCGCCACAAGAACAUUGACAUCAUGAUCAUCAGGGAGAACACAGARGGAGAGUACAGCAGCCUGGAGCACGAGAGUGUGUCUGGCGUGGUUGAAAGCCUGAAGAUCAUCACCAGGAACAAUUCCCUCAGGAUUGCUGAGUACGCAUUCCAGCUGGCCAGGGAGAAGGGUCGCCGCAGGGUCACCGCUGUGCACAAGGCUAACAUCAUGAAGCUCGGUGAUGGAUUGUUCCUGCAGUGCUGCAGGGAAGUGGCUGCUGGAUACCCCGAUAUCACGUUUGACAGCAUGAUUGUGGACAACACCACCAUGCAGCUCGUGUCCAAACCCCAGCAGUUUGACGUGAUGGUGAUGCCUAACCUGUACGGAAAUGUCGUCAGCAACGUGUGCGCCGGCCUGGUGGGGGGCCCGGGCCUCGUGCCUGGUGCCAAUUAUGGCCGAGACUAUGCUGUGUUUGAAACGGCUACAAGGAACACAGGAAAAAGCAUUGCAGGCAGGAACGUUGCUAAUCCCACCGCCAUGCUGCUGGCCAGCUGCAUGAUGCUAGACCACCUCAAGCUUUACGACUACGCAGACUUGAUCAGGAAUGCAGUUCUCACCACAAUGAAUGAAACUAGGUUGCAUACAGCUGAUCUGGGUGGUCAGGGCACCACAUCGGAGGUGGUCCAGUCCAUCAUGAGGAUCAUCCAGAGUAAAGGACAGCACACUGCAGAGAUCUGAACCACGCUGACCUUCCCAUGUUCAGUACAAACUGUCAGUCUGYGUCUGUACAGGAAGGUUGUGACGUCACACAGAUUACUAAUAAGUUCACCUAAAGGAAUAAAAAUGAAAYAUUUGUCCACUCCAGUUUCUGUCAUGUUUGAUACAAAGCAGCUUCAUCUGGUUCACAACUACCGACACAUAAAACGGCCUCUAUUUAAGUUUGUGUCUGUUUCCCAAUGUUAAUUCCAUAUUUCUCCUUCUGCCAAGGAGAUUAUGUUUUCAGAAGCUUUGGUUUGUUUGUCUGCUCACAAGAACAGGAAAUGUUGACACAAAGAACAAAUAUUUAAAUUUUGGUGGUGGUCUGGAUCACCUGUGUGAGUGGUCUGCACUCUCCAGGUUCUUCUAGUUAGUAUUAAAACUGUGUUACAGCCUUUUCUAAUCAACCAGAAUGUGUAACAUGUAGUGUCUUAUGUCAAGUCUUUCACAUUGUGUAGCUGUACUCUUUGUGAGGAAAAUGCUGAUUCAGCUGUUUCCAUUUAUUCUGUAUCAUUAGAUCAGAAUACAUCAAGAAGCUGCUGUGAGCUAAACUUUCAUUGUGCCACGAUGAUAUUUAUAUCUGAGUGGAUUACAUUUCAAGGUUGUAAGUCUAACCAGAUAAAUGGUUUCAAAGCCUGAUAUCAGCAUUUACUGUUUAACAUUAUCAAUAAAAAAUAUUCAUAUAUCUUC